AUGGUCAAGCCGCUCACCUUCAAGGGUGACAAGAAGCCCAAGAAGAGGAAGCGGGAGCACAGGGACGACGGGGCUGCCGAGGGGGUCGACGACUCAGGCAAGCAAAUUGCCAGCAGCAGCAGCAAGGCCGCCAAGGUAGCCGACGAGGACAAUGUCGAGAACGACGACAGCUGGGUCUCGGCCGACAGCGUGGGCGACGUCUCGGGCCCGGUCAUGUUCGUGCUGCCCACCGAACCGCUGACGGCCCUGGCGUGCGACGCCAACGGCAAGGUCUUCACGCUGCCCAUCGAGAACGUUGUGGAUGGCAACGCAGCCACGGCCGAGCCUCAUGAUGUGCGCAUGGUUUGGGUGGCCAACAAGAUCGCUGGCACGGAGAACCACAGGUUCAAGGGGAGCGCUGGGAAGUUCCUCGGCUGCGACAAGUACGGGAUCUUCAGCGCAACCUCGGAAGCCGUCUCCCCGCUCGAGUCCUUCACCCUGGUAGCCACGGCCGACACCCCGGGGACGUUCCAGGUCCAGACCCUGCGCGAGACCUACCUGACCGUGAAGCCCUCGACGUCGUCGCGCGCCAACGCGGCGCCCGAGGUGCGGGGCGACGCGGCCGACAUGUCGUUCGACACGACGCUGCGGAUCCGCAUGCAGGCGCGGUUCAAGCCGCGGCUGCGGGCCAGCAAGGAGGAGAAGGCGCGCGAGAAGAUCAGCCGCCGCGAGCUGGAGGAGGCCGCGGGCCGCAGGCUGGACGAGGACGAGGUCCGCCUGCUCAAGCGCGCGAGGCGCGAGGGGGACUACCACGAGAAGCUGCUGGAUCUGAAGACCAAGAACAAGCAUGACAAGUAUGGUUGA